UGCCUUUCUCUUGUACUUCCUAAUCCGAAGCUCACUUCUGGAGGCUUUCCCUGAAGCUCACAUGCGCGUGGCUUUCCCUGCUGGCCUGAGGCUCUCUGCUUGCGAGUGGCGUGAGACCCUCUCUUUAGCCUGAGGCUCUUCGCCUGCGUGUGGCUGGCCUCUCGCACAUUUUCUGUGCACUCCAAGGUUGGCCUUGAGGCUUCUUGGCCUGAGGCUCUUUGGCCCUUUGAGGCUUUACACCCAACUUCAAAUGGUUGAUGUACUGCCAUAUUCAUAGGCUGAAAGUUUCAAAUGAUGGCUCAUCAUCACUUGUGUUCACGUGACUUGGACUUCUCUUCUUUUGCCGACUUCAUUUUGAACUUUAUCCAACCGCAACUUUUUCUUCAAGCCAAAGUUCAAGCUUUCUUUCUUCUUUUGAUUUUUCUUUCACCAAUUUGUCAACAAUUGUGGCCUGCAUGUCCGUUAGCCGACUUAAUGGAGAAUGGACUUCCAUUCUCUUCUUCUUGCAGACUUUCUCUAGAAUUCUCCCGUGUGCAGUGGAGAAAUCUUUCUUUGCUUUCUUCAUGCUUGCAGCUUUUGUUUUCAUUUUAAAUGUUGACCGCAACAGUCACUGGAGCCAUGGUUGCAGUUUUGGAAGUCCCGUCGCGAGCAACGACGGCUCAUGGACUGCCAUCGUAAUGGGAGUGGCCCACCCUCUGCUCGUGGUCGGCCCCGUCUUCCUCCAUAGUCGCCCACCCUCUGCUCGUGGUCGGCUUCGUCCACGGCCGAGCCACCCCUCCAUCGUCACGGCGGCUCAUGGUCUUUACCUGUCCAGAUCUGGAAUGGAGUCGGGCCUCCAGAUCUGGUCUCGUUCAUGGCCACAAGCCUAGCUCGUCCAUAGCUCGCGAGGAGGUGGCGAGUUCGAGAUCCCGACAGCCAUGGAUUGCGAGCUCAAACAGCAAAAGAAAAUACAGAGGAAUAGAUGUCGGGGGAGACGAUGGGAGCUUGAUCGCAGUCCAUGGCCGGCGAAUCCGUCGGUGGGGUUCAGCCUAAUUAAGGCGCCGGCGGCGACGGCGGGGCAAGAACGGAGGUCGGGCCAGAUCUGGACGAAAGGAGAGGGCGGAAGAGAGAGAAAACCUAUUUUUAUGUGUUUUUCUAAUUCAAAUUCGAUGUUUACGUGUCAAUCUCUAAUUGGAUAUGGAUAGAAAGACACGCAGCGACAUUUGAAAAUCACUAAAUAUUUUCUACUGUAGAGAAAGAGAAAAAAGGAGGCAGGAUGAAAAUUAAGGAAGGUGGUACCCGCAAUUUCCUUUCUUUCCCUUCUCUCUGAUCUUUUCCAUACCCAAGCGCACUGCGGAGAGCGGGAAGCUCCGAGUCAAUGGCCAGUCCUCCUUCUUCCAUGAUCAUCUGCAUCUGCCCUUCGAUUGAAUUGAAUUGGUCGGAUGGAGAUGAUUCUUUUUUGUCAACGGUUGAAGAUAAGGAGUCUAAGGAUAAGAAAGCUUUGGGGAACACCCCUCUUGCCGGCAAUUUAGAACCAUGGCGUCCUGUUUCUUCUCAGGGGUGUUUCAAACGAAACAUCGCCUUAUGGAGAAAGUGCCGGCUGUUGGGAAAGGGGUCUUAUGCAGAUGUAUACGAAGUCAUGACUGAUGAUGGAUCCUUUUUCGCUGUAAAAGAGGUUCCUUUGUUAGAUCAAGGAAGCCAAGGCAAUCAGAGCUUAUCGCAGCUUGAGCAAGAAAUUAAGCUUUAUAGACAGUUUGAACAUGAGAACAUAGUUCAAUAUAUUGGCACAGACAAGGAUAAUAAGAAGCUUUACGUAUUCCUUGAGCUCAUGUCCAAAGGUUCACUUUCAACUCUCUAUCACAAACGCCCCUUGACAGAAUCCCAAGUCUCCGCAUACACUAGGCAAAUUCUAGAGGGUUUAAAGUAUCUUCAUGAUCAGAAGGUGAUGCACAGGGAUAUUAAAUGUGCCAACAUACUGGUUGAUGCAAGUGGAUCUGUGAAACUUACGGGCUUUGGAUUGGCAGAGGCCACUGAAAUGAGUGCCGCUAGAUCCUUGGAAGGAACUUUUCACUGGAUGGCACCUGAGGUCGUCAAAAGUGGAAAGAACGGAAGCUAUGAGUUGAAAGCUGAUAUUUGGAGCCUUGGGUGCACUGUUUUAGAGAUGUUAACAUGCAAGCCUCCGUAUUCUGACUCUGAACGGGCGCAAGUAUUAUAUAAAAUUCAGAAGGGUGAACUUCCUCGAGUUCCCAAAUUUUUAUCAGAAGAUGCUCGAGACUUCAUCCGUGAAUGCUUGCAAGCCAACCCAAACGAACGGCCUUCUGCAGCGCAGUUGUUAGACCAUCCAUUUGUGAUGAAGCCACCUCCUUCUGGUUUUGCUCAACCUCGAUACAAAAACAAAUUGUCGUGACUAACUUACCACAUUUGUACUGUUCACUCAAAAAAUUUAUGACAGUAACGGUGUACUCGAAACUUUUAGAUUGGACGAACAGUUCAUAUAUUUAUAAAGUCUAUGGUCUUUAAACUUGUUA